AUGACGUCCAAGACUCUAUCCCGGAACCAGAUCGUCAACUUGAUAGCUGAUGGCAAGGCCAUUGUUAUCUACAAGAAUCAUGUGUUGAACUUGACGGCUUGGCUCUCCAGACACCCUGGCGGUGAAAAGGCAGUGUACCACAUGAUUGGACGUGAUGCCACUGACGAGAUGAACGCCUACCACAGCUUGGAGUCCAUCAAAGACUUCACCAAGUGGAAGAUCGGAUCCAUCGACUACCGGUGGGAGAACCUCUUGCCGCCAAUUCAGGGUGCAGUGUACACUAAGAGACCAGAACCCACCAAAAACAAAGACACCGAAGAUGUGAUAACUACCAGUGAGGAGCUUGCUCAAGCCACUUCCUCAUCAGAUAACUCUAUCAACGAAAUAGAGUACAAGGGAAUUGGAUUCCCCAAGGUGGCUGUGCUUCCAGUGGUUCCCCAAAAUGAGCUCGUUACCGACACUAAUAAAGACAUAUUGUUUCCCAUCAAAGCUAAUUCUAUCAUCAGAGACCCUAAGGAGUUGAUGGAGCGUUACGAUAACAAGCUCGCCCAAGAUGAUUUGAAAGACAUACCGCCCUUGGACCACGAAACUCAAGAGACAUUAAGACAGAAGUACAAUUUAUUACACAAUCAGAUCAAGGACUUAGGUUUCUAUGAAUGUAACUUGUGGGACUACGGCAGGGAGCUAAUCAAAAUUGGUUCUUUGUUCCUUUAUUCAUUUUCGUUCUUGAAAUUAAAUUAUUUAUUCUUGAGUGCCGUGUUCAUGGGAUUGGCAUGGCACCAAAUGACAUUCAUAGCACACGACGCCGGUCAUGUAUCUAUUACUCACAAUUACCAGCUUGACAAUUUGUUUGGCAUGUUAAUUGCAGACUGGUUUGGGGGAUUGAGUUUAGGUUGGUGGAAAAGAAACCACAAUGUUCAUCACUUAAUUACCAAUGAUCCGGUCCACGAUCCAGAUAUCCAGCAUCUCCCGUUCUUUGCAGUCAGUACCAGACUCUUCAACAGUGUGUAUUCGACGUAUUAUGAGAGAUUGGUGGCGUUUGAUGCAGUGGCCAAAAUUACAAUUCCCAUUCAAAACUUCUUGUAUUAUCCUAUCUUGGGUUUUGGAAGGUUCAAUUUGUAUGUUUUGUCAUGGACACAUUUGCUCAGAGGAGACGGCCCCAAAAAGGGUAAGGCAGCAUGGUUUAGGUAUUUCGAGUUGGUGGGCUUGAGUUUCUUCUUUUUCUGGUUUUUCUACUUGGUGGUUUACAGAUCCAUUGAUGGAGGUUGGAACAGGUUCAACUUUGUGCUUGUCAGUCAUUUCACUACUAUGAUGGUGCACGUCCAAAUUACUUUAUCACAUUUUGCGAUGUCUACUUCUGACUUGGGUGUAAGCGAAUCUUUCGUAUCCCGGCAAAUAAGAACCACCAUGGACGUCGACUGUCCAGAAUGGUUAGACUUCUUCCACGGGGGGUUGCAGUUCCAAGCUAUUCAUCAUUUGUUCCCACGCUUACCAAGGCACAAUUUUAGACGGGUACAACCAUAUGUCAUCAACUUCUGCAAGGAUGUUGGUAUCAAGUAUUCGAUCUAUGGGUUUUACGAGGGAAAUUCUAUUGUUAUUGGUAAGUUGGGAGAUAUCGCCAAGCAAUGCAGUAUUAUGUUGGAAGCAACUAAAAAGUAUGACGGUGACCUCUAUUAA